AUGGUCGGGCUCCUCAGAGGAGGGGGCUGUGUCUGGAAGAAGCGCACAUUGACAGCCUCCCUCAUGGCCUGGUGGACUGUCCAUCAGGCCUGGGCUUCUCUCCUCAUCGAGAAGAUUCCCCAGGUGCCCCAGGCAGGCCAGGAUGUGCUUCUGUCUGUUCAUGGCGUCCCAGGGGCCAUCAAGGAUUUCAACUGGUACCAGGGUGAGGAGACCAGUGGCGGCACAAUGAUCCUCUCCUACAUCCCAGGCCUGCAGAGGCCACAGAGGAAUGGGAAUGCUAUGAAGGGGAGGAACAUCAUUGGAUUUCCCAACGGCUCCCUCCUCCUCCUCCAAGCCCAGCCCAAGGAUAGUGGCACCUACCAAGUGGGCAUCACCAUGAAUCCAUCCUGGAUUCUGAGGGCCAAGACCAAGCUACAAGUCAGAGAGAAAAAAUUGAACACCACCAGCUCCGUCCCCAAACACCAGCAUUCAGGGAAGGACAGCACCUCAUCCAUGAACUCGGGGACCACGGUCGCCAUCGUCCUUGGCUGCCUGGGUUUUGGGACCCUCGUUAUAGGCAGCGGCUUGGUCUAUCUGCUGGUGGUCAGGGGCUGGAGGAUCAAAAGUCCUGGGGCCCUAAAAGAAAAACCAGACCUGGGAAGAGACAGGUGCCAUAAACACGGAGCCGGUAAGACUGGAGACCAAUAAGGGCAGGGGGCUGGGGGUCCAGAGCUCCCUAUCAAAGAGUCACUCAAUCCCCCUGCUUCUCCCCCCACCCCAGAUGACAGUAACAUCUACGAGGUGAUCCCUUCUCCCAGCGACCUGAUAAGCCCAACAAACGACAACAGGGUCAGCAGCCCAAACCUGACCACAGAUACCGUAAGUGUCUCCCUCCCUCAGUCCCCACGCUCCCCGGCUCUGCGGGGAGCACAUUCCCAGAGGCCUCAGCCCAAGGAGGGAGGCAGGGCAUGAGGGAUAAUGCCCAGUUUACAGACACAGACAAAGAUCUUUCUCAUUUGCUGGGCCCAGUGAAAGGGCACAAUCAGGAGGCCACAGCCUCAUUCUCUUCUCACCAAGCUGCCUCAGCGUCCUUCCUGGGGAAACUGGGAAGGGAUAGACCUCACCUGGAGGAUCGGGUUCACUUCUGGGAACCAGUCUAAGAAGGAUGUUGAUAAGCUGCAGGCUUGGAGAGCAUCCAGGGGAAGAGAAGCAGACUGGAUCCCGCCCCAGACCCAAGAGGAGUCAGAACCAGGAGCUCACCUCAGGGACUCCAGAAGAUCCCCAGACACAGACAACAGGCUCACUGGUCUCCAUUUGGGAGUGACAGAUGGCACUAGCCUGGGGCAGCUGGGACCCCCACCAGCGGGGCUCCUGGCCCUGGAAGGGACUUCUCCUGACAGAACGGCAGACUUGGAAGAGAUUAUAGAGGACAAAAUGUCCCAGCUGGGAAGACCCUUAGAAUCUGUCCUCCUGAUCACCCGGGUCCCACCAGCCCCAGCCCUGCUGAACAUCUUAUCCAUCCCAGAGGAGCCGGCCGAGGGGGAGAACGUCACCCUGCUGGUACGGGGCCUCCCCGGGGAGCUUCUGGCUUACAACUGGUACCGAGGGACAAACCUCAACCAGGCCCACCUCAUUCUGAGCUAUAUCAUCAGCACCGCAGAUGAGACGCCCGGCACUGCCUACACUGGCCGGGAAGCCGUGCGCCCGGAUGGGAGCCUGGACCUCCGGGCCGUGGUCCCCGAGGACUCGGGCACCUACAUCCUGCAGACCCUCAACCAGCAGUUCCAGACCGAUAUUGCCUAUGGGCACCUGCUGGUCUAUGAGAUCCUAGACCCACCUCUCCUCCUGGCCAAUGGCACCGAGCUGGUGGAGCGCCGAGAUACCAUCCACCUGCUGUGCAGUACCCCCAGCACGGGGGACGUCCGCUGGUUCUUCAAUGGGGAGCCGCUCCCCAUUGGCAGCCGUCUGGGCCUCACUCCAGACAACCGGGUCCUGGUCCGGCAUAAUGUCCGCAGAGAAGAGGCUGGGGCCUACCAGUGUGAGGUCUGGAACCCUGUCAGCAUCAGCCGCAGUGACCCUGUCAACCUAACGGUGUACUAUGGCCCAGACCGGGUAAUGAUUGUCCAGGAAUCCGCCUUCCAGACGGGCUGCACUGUGAAGGCUGAAUUUGAUGCAUCUCUAACACUUUGGUGCGUGACCAGGUCCUGCCCAGACCCAGAGUACACAUGGUCUUUCAAUGGGCGGACCCUCGAGACCACCACCAGCUGCCUCAACAUCAGUGGGAUGACUAAGGACAAGGAAGGGACGUAUACCUGCAUUGCCAAGAACCCUAUGACUGAGCUCUCAGGCUCAGCAUCAGUCUUGGUCAAGAUGUCGGUUGCCACUUCAGCUAUGACAAUAGUGCCUGUUCCUGCCAAGCCCACCGAGGGGAAGGAUGUCAUCCUGUCUGUCCAAGGCUAUCCCAAGGAUCUUCUGGUCUACGCCUGGUACCGAGGGACAGCCUCCGAGCCCAACCGCCUCCUCAGCCAGCUGCCCUCUGGAAACUGGAUCGCAGGGCCAGCCCAUACCGGGAGGGAGAUGGGUUUUGCCAAUUGCUCGUUGCUCAUCCAGAAGUUAAACCUCACAGACACCGGCCGCUACACCCUGAAGACUGUCACCCUGCAGGGAAAGACAGAAACACUGGAUGUCCAACUGCAGGUCUCAAGUACACAGACAGAAGGUGUGGCCAGGAAUCGAGGGCAGCAAGCUGAGGGGGAGGGAGGGGAACAGAUCAGUUUUCUAGGUCACACCAGAUUCCGCAUCUCCAGAGCCAGGCAGCUCAAGUGUCUCAGGCCCCAGGAAGCCAAGCAAAGUGCCAGGACCGGCAGAGGCUCGCCCACACAGAAGGUCAAGGGCGACAGCAUUCCCACCCCCUCCUGGUAUCAUGGAGGAAGAAAGAAAUUGUCCUACCACGAUGCCUCUUCAAGCUUGGCAAGUCUGCCUGAUCAGCCCAAGGGGAUGGCAUUGGGUGUCAACUUGCAGUUCCCCGUCACAGGUAUCCGGCAUGCUUCUGCAGACUCUUUGCCAAGCAGCCUGCGGGAGGCCACUCAAACAUCCUGCCAAGGAUCCGUGCUGCCAAACCGUAAGAUUUUCCCUGGACCCUCAGACUGCAUUCCUGGGCCAAACAGAAAGAGUACAUCCAUCCUACCCCAGCAUCCCACCACCAUCCGGGAGCAAGAGAAACAAAGCGAUUGGGAAGGUGACACCGGAAGGGACAGAGACAGAUACCUCCCUACCCCACGCAGCUCCUUGAACUCUGACCUGGACCCAGAACGGUCUCUAACCCCCCACCCCCACCCCAACCUGGCCCUAGUUAAUGAUUGA